ACGUCAACAAACUGCUGGAGUCGAAGGAAGGCAAGAGGCGAGCGGUUGAUUCCUCUCAUGUUCGGCAUUCGGGCAUCAAAGAAUUUGCUUAGAGUAGUCAAUAGUUUAUCUUCGUUGCGGUUACAUUUAGAGAUGCCGUACUAUGCUGUUGCCAAGGGAAAAAAGCCCGGAGUGUAUGCCACAUGGCCAGAAUGCCAGGCUCAAGUCACAGGGUUCCUUGGGGCUCGUUACAAAAAGUUUGCGACCAAGGCAGAGGCUGAAGAAUUUAUAAGAGAGAACUCGGCAUCAAAUGUUAUAGAUAACAGACAGGCAUCGUUUCCAGUCACAUCAGAGGUGAUAGAUACUAGGCCUAGGUUAGUAACAGGAGCCAUAGAAAAGAUAAACCAGAAGCCUCGGAAUGUAAACACAGCAUCUGCAAAAAAUGAAAAUAAUAAUGAUGAUGGCAGAUUAUCCCCAACACUCAUGCAAAUGAAGCAAGAUAUGAAGAGGUUGCAGAAAGAGUUGUCAGACCUGAGGUCCAGAUUUGAUGAUUACGUUGCUGAAAAAUCAAGGGGAUCGGGAUUCACCUCGAAGACUCAGGGCUUCCACACGUCUGCUGCUGUGCCGGGCAAGAGGAAGAGGGAAAAGAGUCAAGAAGAAGUUAGUCUAGAUGAGCCUUCGACGAGCAUCAGAAAGACGGACAUCUCCACCAGCCAGUGCAACAACACGAAGUUUGUUACAGAUAAUGAUGGAUUCCUAAUAGUAUAUACAGAUGGUGCUUGCGAAAGCAACGGCCGAGUGGGAGCGAAAGCAGGUGUUGGAGUGUACUUUGGGAGAGAUCACCCACUGAAUGUCGCCGAACCAGUGAGAGGAAGAGCAACCAAUAACACAGCGGAAAUCCAAGCUGCUACGUAUGCCCUAGAGUUAGCACAGGCUGCAGGUUUUGACAAAGUGGCAGUUUAUACUGAUUCACAGUUCAUGAUCAACUGCAUGACCUCGUGGUUGAAGAGCUGGAAGAAGAACAAUUGGAAGAAGAAAGACGGGGAGCCAGUGAAGAACAAGGAGGACCUGAUGGACUUGGAUAAAGCUACAAAGGGAUUGAUGGUGAAAUGGGUACAUGUGAGAGGUCACACAGGCAAUGUUGGUAAUGAAGAAGCAGACAGAUUAGCCAGAGAAGGUGCAAAACUUUAUAAGCAAGAGCAGUAUUAGCACAAACGUAUUUUAUAUUGCUAUAGUAGACAAUACAGUGUUCUUCCAUAUUUUUGAUUGAAAUGUCUUUUCUUUGGAUAAGUGUAAUAUAUUUGUAUAUAUUAAAGGCUGUGAUGAAUAUUUUUUUUUUUUUGUCUUAAUCACUUAAUAUAGCCUCAUAAAUGUUAACCCAUUAGCUGCAGAUUGGGGGGGGGGGGGGGAUUGCCAUGUCCACUGUAAUUUUUGAUUUUAUUAAAAUAAAAGUCACCAAUGAGUCAAUUAUUAGUCCUACAUAUAUCAACUAUUUGCCAUUUUUCUUGAUUUUCAGGAAGAUUUUUUACUUUUUUUUUAUUUCCUUUUCAUCCUUAUUUAAGUAAUAUAUUUAUAUUCCAUAAAUUCAAGGAGUGCAGAAAUCAGUCACUUGGCCUACUAAUUGACUCCUUAGUGGCUGAGCCCGCCAUGUGUAGGCAAUAAAAUUCACCAAAAACUACAGUGGAUAGUCUGUAAAUCCACAGCCAAUGGGUUAAAAGGUAGAAUCAAGAUUGCUCAUUAUGUACUUUAUUUGUGAACAGGCAAACACUGAUUUAGCUAAUUUUACUUGUUUUAUUUUAAACAUUUCAGACAUAAUAGAAACCAUUUUCAUAUUUAUUUUCAUCUAGGUAAAUUGUAAUAGGUUUUCAUGUAUGCCAAGUACUAUUUUAUAAUUUACUGUAGUACUGUGUUGAAACUAUUACCAGUAAUACCAUUGCCUUUAAUCAGAUCUCAGUGUUCACACAGGAUCUGAUAUAGUAUUGUAAAAGCAUUUGUUGUAGGAACUUCUUUGUGAAGUAAAUGUUAUCAUUCAUCUGUGAUAAGUGAUAUACAUGCCUAAAUUUACUUUACAGCAAGAUCUUUGCUAAAGCCAUACCUUAUUUAUAUAUUCUGUGUUAUGUGAUAUGGCUAGCUCAAGCUCUUCAGGCUCAGUUUCUCUCUCUCUCUCUCUCUCUC